CCCAUUUGUUUUUGUGAUCAUAAUCGUUAUUUUUUCAUAUUUGGGUUUUUAUACAAGCUGGUUUUGUUUUGUUUUUGUGUGAUUUUCUCCUUCAAAAUCGCUCCUUUACCAAUUCCAGUUUCAUAUAUCAUACAUAAUAUGAACAAAAUGUGAUGUUAUGUUAGCAUCUCAAAAAACUUUUAUGAUAAUGAUUAUGAUGAUGAUGAUGAUGAUAAAUUCUUCAUUCUCCAUUUUGUCUCUUAUAUCAAAAACCACAACUUUUGAUUCUUGAAAAAGAAGAAGCUAAAAAGGUAUCCAAAUCCCACUCUUCAUGCACCGACCCUUUUCUUUUUUUCUUAGCCUCAAAAAAGGUCAAAUUUUCCGUCUAUUAUCUAGCAAGCAUAGCGUAAUUCUUAAUCUGAUUUUUUUUUUUGAUUUCUUGUUCCUUUGAUUCUUGUGCUGACAGUUUCAUAGUUGCUAGCAUCUUUUAAGUGUGAAAAGUUCUGAUUUUGAAGCUGUGAUUGGUGAAGAUGGAUUUUGAAGGUGGUAGGACACCAAAGAAGGAGAUGGAAGGAGAAGGAGGUGUGACGGGUUCGAAGAUGAAGGGUGCUGGAAAUCAAAGUAGUAAAGAUAUGAUUUUCAGAGCUGAUAGGAUUGAUCUCAAGAAUUUGGAUGCUCAAUUGGAGAAGCACUUGAGCAGGGUUUGGUCGAGAAAUACUAGUGAGCCGAAAAGGCCUAAAGAAGAAUGGGAGAUUGAAUUGGCGAAAUUGAAUUUGCGAUAUAUUGUUGCUCAUGGGGCUUAUGGUACUGUCUAUAGAGGCACAUAUGAUACUCAAGAUGUUGCAGUGAAAGUGUUGGAUUGGGGUGAUGAUGGUGUCGCCACUGCUGCUGAAACUUCCGCUUUACGCGCAUCUUUUAGGCAGGAGGUUGCCGUCUGGCACAAACUUGACCAUCCAAAUGUCACAAAGUUUGUCGGAGCUUCAAUGGGAACUUCAAAUCUUAAGAUUCCUUCAAAAAACCCUACCGACAAUCAAGAGACCCUUCCAUCCAGGGCAUGUUGUGUUAUCGUCGAGUUUCUCACUGGUGGAACGCUGAAACAAUACUUGAUAAAAAAUAGGCGAAAGAAACUUGCGUAUAAGAUUGUGGUUCAGCUUGCUUUGGACCUCUCCAGAGGUCUUAGCUAUCUGCAUUCGAAGAAGAUCGUUCAUCGUGACGUUAAGUCGGAGAAUAUGUUGCUAGACGGUAACCGGAAUCUAAAGAUAGCUGAUUUUGGAGUUGCUCGCGUUGAAGCUAUGAAUCCAAGUGACAUGACUGGUGAAACUGGAACCCUCGGAUAUAUGGCUCCCGAGGUUUUGGAUGGUAAACCUUACAACAGGACAUGUGAUGUCUAUAGCUUUGGCAUUUGCUUGUGGGAAAUCUAUUGCUGUGACAUGCCUUAUCCCGAUCUUAGCUUUGCGGACGUGUCUUCUGCUGUCGUCCGUCAGAAUUUACGACCAGAAAUUCCGAGGUGUUGUCCAAGUGCAUUGGUGAACAUCAUGCGUAAGUGCUGGGACGGGAAUCCGAGCAAACGUCCGGAAAUGGAAGAGGUGGUGAGAAUGCUGGAAGCACUGGAUACAAGCAAAGGUGGCGGAAUGAUACCGGAAGAUCAGAGCUCAGGUUGCUUUUGUUUCGCACCGGCUCGAGGUCCUUAAUUUUGCAGAAUCCUUGAUCAGCUAUUAUCUUGUUCUUGUUCAAGAGAUGAUGCGAAGUACAGAAAACUGGCAAAAUCGGUAUUUUAUGGUUUUGCCAGUUGUUUUACAGUUUUAACAGUUAACAUUUGUAAACAGAAAGGAAGAAAAUUGUUUUUAUUGUUGUUGACAUUAUUGUUCUUUUAAUGCAUGAAAAAGGGGUUAUAGACUUGUUA